GCAUUUUCUGGAAACACAAAUGCAGACAGUGUCGUAUACUAUAAGCUUCAGCAUUCCAUUAAAGCAAGAUUUAUCCGUUUUGUGCCUUUGGGCUGGAAUCCAAACGGCAGAAUAGGAAUGCGCAUUGAACUGUAUGGAUGCACAUACAGGUCCGAGGUGGUUGGCUUUGAUGGCAAGAGCUGUCUAAUUUAUUCACUUAAACAAAAACUCAUGCAGAGUGUACUGAAAGAUGUGAUUUCUCUGAAGUUUAAGACAAUGCAAAGUGAUGGAAUUCUCCUCCACAGAGAAGGACAAAAUGGAGACCAUAUCACCCUGGAAUUAAUUAAGGGGAAGCUGUCCCUACUCAUUAAUUUAGGUGAUACUAAAACUCAUCCUUCUAAUGCCCAAAUUAAUAUUACACUGGGCAGCCUUUUGGAUGAUCAGCACUGGCAUUCUGUUCUCAUUGAGCACUUUAACAAUCAAGUAAACUUUACAGUGGACAAACACACUCAUCACUUUCAUGCAAAAGGAGAAUUCAGUUAUUUGGACAUUGAUUAUGAGCUCAGCUUUGGAGGGAUCCCAGUGCCUGGAAAAUCAGGGACAUUGUCACGCAGAAACUUUCAUGGGUGUUUUGAAAAUAUUUAUUAUAAUGGAGUGAACAUUAUUGACCUGGCCAGGAGGCAUAAAUCUCAGAUCUACUUUGUGGGCAACAUGUCCUUCUCAUGUUUAGAGCCACAGGUGGUUCCUGUUACAUUUCUGAGCUCCAGUAGUUACUUGGCACUACCAGGCAUAUCAGGGCAAGAUGAGUUAUUCAUCAGUUUCGAGUUUCGCACCUGGAACAAGGAAGGAAUUUUAUUAUCUAGCAAAUUACACCAGAUUUCAGGUGGUUUCCUCUUAUAUCUGAGUGCUGGGAGAAUUAAAGUCAGUCUUCAAACACCAGGAAAAGCACUGAGUGAUAUCACUGCAGGUUCUGGAUUAAAUAAUGGCCAGUGGCAUUCUGUCUCCUUCUCUGUCAAAAGGAAUCGUAUCAAUGUAAUAGUUGACAAUGACGUGACCUCAUCUGCUCAUGCCUUCACACCUCUGCAAAUUUAUUCAGGAGAUACUUUCUACUUUGGAGGCUGUCCUAGCAGUGGAAACAUUUCUGAAUGUAAUACCUCAUUUGGUGGCUUUCAAGGAUGCAUGCGACUCAUUUCCAUUGGUCACAAAGCAGUGGAUAUGAUCUCAGUUCAGCAAAAUAUUUUUGGCUAUUUCAGUGACCUUCAGAUAGAUUUAUGUGGCAUUAUAGACAGGUGUUUGCCUAAUUACUGUGAACAUGGUGGUGAGUGCUCACAGUCCUGGAACAGCUUCUACUGCAACUGUGCCAAUACUGGUUACGAGGGAGCUACUUGCCACUAUCCCAUCUAUGAGCAGACAUGUGAAGCCUAUAAGCACAGAGGGAACACUUCAGGCUUUUACAAUAUUGAUUCAGAUGGAAGUGGCCCCUUGGGACCAUUUCUUGUUUACUGUAAUAUGACAGAUACAACGUGGACAAUUAUACAGCAUAACAACACCAACCUAACCAGAGUCAAAAGUGCUAAUCGAGAGAACCCCCACACUGUGUUUUUCAAGUACUCUGGCAGCCUAGACCAGCUUCAGGCUACAAUUAACAAUGCAGAGCACUGUGAACAGGAGCUUGCUUACCACUGCAAAAAGUCAAGGCUGUUAGAUAAGCCAG